AUGGACUUGAUUCGAGGUCGGGUUACCUUCGACCCUUCCUUCCACAGGGCCCUCCAUGCACUGCACGCCACGCACGCCCAGGGCCCUCCAUGCACUGCACGCCACGCACGCCCAGGGCCCUCCAUGCACAGAUCACCACGCACGCCCAGGGCCCUCCAUGCACUGAUCACCACGCACGCUCAGGGCCCUCCAUGCACUGAUCACCACGCACGCUCAGGGCCCUCCAUGCACCGCUCACCACGCACGCCCAGGGCUCCUCCAUGCACCGCUCGCCACGCACGCCCAGGGCCCCUCCAUGCACUGCUCGCCACGCACGCCCAGGGCCCUCCAUGCACUGCUCACCACGCACGCCCAGGGCCCUCCAUGCACUGCUCACCACGCACGCCCAGGGCCCUCCAUGCACUGCUCACCACGCACGCCCAGGGCCCUCCAUGCACUACUCGCCGCGCACGCCCAGGGCCCUCCAUGCACUGCUCACCACGCACGCCCAGGGCCCUCCAUGCACUGAUCAUCACGCACGCCCAGGGCCCCUCCAUGCACUGCUCGCCACGCACGCCCAGGGCCCUCCAUGCACUGAUCACCACGCACGCCCAGGGCCCCUCCAUGCACUACUCACCGCGCACGCCCAGGGCCCUCCAUGCACUGCUCACCGCGCACGCCCAGGGCCCUCCAUGCACUGCUCACCGCGCACGCCCAGGGCCCCUCCAUGCACUGCUCACCGCGCACGCCCAGGGCCCUCCAUGCACUGCUCACCGCGCACGCCUAGGGCCCCUCCAUGCACUGCUCACCGCGCACGCCCAGGGCCCUCCAUGCACUGAUCACCACGCACGCCCAGGGCCCUCCAUGCACUGCUCACCACGCACGCCCAGGGCCCUCCAUGCACUGCUCACCACGCACGCCCAGGGCCCUCCAUGCACUACUCGCCGCGCACGCCCAGGGCCCUCCAUGCACUGCUCGCCACGCACGCCCAGGGCCCUCCAUGCACUGGGCCUCCAUCUCGUGCGCAGUCAUCCAGCUACCAGCAGGACCCUUAACAUUUAA